CAGUCUCUGUAAGUUCUGUGUAUCUGUGAAUUAUUGUGAAUCUCUGUCUAAUACAUUAUAUUUUUGAAUUCUAUUUUUAUUUGUAUUUAUUACUUGUCUUCUAUGUUACACUUAAAUAUAGAAGGUUAUUAUUGCAUAUACUUAAUCAUACAAUAAUAGAAGUAAUUUCCUCUUCAAGUAGUACCUAUUAAAAAUUAGAGAGAAAAAUGCCAGGAAUAGCCACAAUGUCACUUGAUAAUAUGUUUUGUACCCGUUGUGGGGAUGGAUUUGAAACCAAUGAGAAGAUUGUCAAUUCUAAUGGAGAACUCUGGCAUACCAAUUGUUUUGUAUGUGCUCAAUGCUUCCGCGUGUUUCCUGAAGGAAUAUUCUAUGAGUUCGAAGGACGCAAGUAUUGUGAGCGUGACUUUCAGGUGUUAUUUGCUCCCUGCUGCGGGAAAUGCGGAGAAUUUAUUAUUGGCCGUGUCAUAAAGGCCAUGAAUGCCAACUGGCAUCCAGCUUGCUUCCGUUGUGAAGAGUGUAAUGUGGAGCUGGCUGAUGCUGGGUUUAUAAAGCAUGCAGGUCGGGCGCUUUGUCACACGUGCAAUGCUCGUAUUAAAGAAGAUGGUUAUCAAAACUAUAUGUGCCAUAAGUGUCAUGGCGUAAUUGACGGAGAGCCUCUUCGUUACCGUGGCGAGGUUUACCACGGCUACCAUUUCAACUGUGCUACUUGCGGUGUGGAACUAGAUCACACUGCUCGUGAGGUUAAACACCGCUCUGGAUAUGCUGCCAAUGACGUGAAUAACCUUUUCUGUUUGCGGUGUCAUGAUAAAAUGGGUAUUCCUAUUUGCGGUGCUUGUCGUCGCCCAAUUGAAGAACGAAUCGUGACGGCUCUUGGCAAACACUGGCACGUUGAGCACUUUGUAUGCGCAAAAUGUGAGAAACCAUUCCAUGGUCAUCGCCAUUACGAGAAAAAGGGGCUGGCUUAUUGCGAACAACAUUACCAUCAACUCUUUGGCAAUUUAUGCUAUGUGUGCAAUCAAGUUAUUGCCGGCGACGUGUUUACAGCGCUGAAUAAGGCGUGGUGCGUGCACCACUUCGCGUGUUCAGUGUGCGACGCGCCGCUCAGUACCAAGAGCAAGUUCUACGAGUAUGACGAGCGGCCCGCGUGUCGCCGCUGCUAUGAACGCUUCCCCUCUGAACUACGGCGUCGCUUGCGACGCGCACAUCAAUACACCACUCGCCGUUAAAACUUCAGCGAAAACUCAGAGCAAAAAAAAAACACGUAAUACUAUGCACAAUAAAUGUGAAGCCAAUUUUCUACACAGGAUUAGUCGUUAACUAAAACAUUUGAUGAUACAAUUAAUUUGAAAAGAUUCUAUCAAAUAAUAGAAACAAUACUAAUUGAGACAACUGUAUUUUAAAUCAUAUAUUGAUCCUGAGUUGCUUAUACCCUAUACCGGAUAGGAAACAGAUUUACUAUUUAAAGUGCCUAAUAAAAUUAAUUGACUUAUAUUUAUAAAUUGUUAUAAUAAUUUUUCUAAUAUUAUAUACUCAAUAUUAUGUUUAAAUUAGAUGUAAGUAAAGAUAGAGAAUAAAUAAAACAUUUUUUUUGUUAGUACUUACUACUUUUUAGAACCUUGGUUAAUUCAAAAUAAAUGUUAAAUAUAUACUUUCACUUGCAUUUAGUGAAAAGUUAAUUUGAAAUUAUUUGAAGUGAAAUUCAAUUUUUGUUAUUUGUAUACAUUAUGAAAAAAAACUACAGUUUGCUAUGAAUUAAAUAAAAUACCUACACCAAAUUACGAAACUAAUUUAAAAUUAUUAGUUAUUAUAAUUAUAAUAGGCAGUUUCUAGCUAAUAACUGAAUUUGGUUUUAAUCUCAUGUCUAUAUUAUAUGAUCUUAACAUUGAGUUUUAUAUC